AUGAAAGAAGGACAAAACGUUCCAGCGAAUGACGUUGUUCCUAUGGUCGCAGAACAGAUGAUGAGUCAGCCUAAUGCCAUGGGAUUUCUUAUUGUUGGUUUUCCUCGAGACAAGGGACAAGCGACGAUGUUCAACGAAGAAGUGAAACGACCGACGUUGGUGCUCCAUUUGCAAGUCAAAAGGGACGUCCUUGUUGAAAGGGCGAAAAAUGGAACGGCUAAGGAUGAUCAAAAUUCGUUGAAGCUUUCGGAGCAAAUUAAUUCCUACAUCGACACGAUUUCUUCUACCAUUGAACCAAACAAGAAGGUCACCGCGGAGAUUGAUGCAGAUGAAAAGAACAAAGAUGAGAUUUUCAAGGCUGCGGAAAAGGAAAUAGACAAACAUACGCAAAAAUCUGAAACAUAA